UCUUAAUAUUCCCCCCUCUGACUUUUGUCCUGCCUACACAUAUGUGACUGUUAGUUACCUGAGGCUGAGGGACCAUAAGUCCUGACAAAUAUCUCAUUGCCAUCAGAAAUCCAUCACCGUGGAAAAUGUGAUUGAGGAGAGAAUAUAAAACCUCAAUCACGCUCUGGAAUUCUCACCAUCUGUCAUAUUAUCGUUUGCUUUUAGAUACUCAAUUCCUCUGCAAGGUUUCACAUAAUCCUAUUUGUAACAUCGGCUAUGAUCAUGACUAGCGGCAAUGGGUGCGAAAGUGGCCAACUCUUUCCCAUGAAUUGAAGUUGGGCUCUUAAUGUCACGGGCCUCACUUUGGGCCUGGAAAUUCCGAACAAUCAUCACAAGGUUUAAACCAAAACAUGGCAGUGCAAUAUCAUUUGAGCCUCCUUCCGACGUUGAGAAAUGAGAAAGCUUCUCUUGCUGAAGAGUUCACCAGAAAGAUCAUCGAAGCAAAUAAUUUAGACGAUGAGAUUGGGGAAACGAGAAAAUAAUAAAAUGAACCCCAAAGUAAUUAGUGGGUUAUCCAUUAAGCCCUGGUGCAACAUAACAAGGGAAUCCAAUGAACAGAAGCCCGUAAGCAGAAAAAGCAUCCAAAAGGGAAGCCCAUUUGUCUGAGUAAAUGGUGGGCAUCCCACGCGUCAGCUCCAAAACGGAGAACAACCAGUCAACCACGGGGGCCUAAUCUUCACUAUGAAGUACUAUGAAUCUGGCGGUUGUAGCUCCGCGGUCAUUGAAUUUGAUAGCUCCGUUUUCGCGACCCAACCCGUAUAAUCGAUUCUCCGUCUCGCCAGCAGGGUUGAUUCGGUCGUCCUCGCUGACUAUGGAGCACAACCAGCCUCCGAAGCGAGUGGUCGUCUGUGGUGGCGGAGUUAUAGGGGUGUGCACGGCUUACUAUCUGGCCAAGAAGGGCGCCGUCGUCACUCUUGUUGAGAAGUCUGACGUGGCCUGCGCGGCUUCUGGAAAAGCCGGUGGAUUUCUCGCCCUGGAUUGGUGCGACGGAGGACCCUUGGCUUCCCUCGCUCGGACCAGUUUUCAUCUCCAUCGUUCCCUCUCUCAAGAGCUGAAUGGGUCACAAUCCUACGGCUACAGACCCCUCACCACUCUCAGCGUUUCUUUCACCGAAUCAGAUAAUCCAACUCACACUUCCAAAUCCUCCCGUGGCUCCACCCUCCCUUCGUGGGUCGAUGGACCGGGCGGUAGUUCCAGGACAAUUGGGACUCCAGAGACCACGGCUCAAGUACAUCCCCAGCUCUUUACUCGCACACUAAUCAGCAAGGCCGUGGAAAGUCAUGGGGUUGAGGUGGUGAUUGGGAAACUGGAGCGCGUGAAGUUAGAUGAAGGUAAAAUUGGAGGGGUGGUGCUUGAAGGUGGACGAGUUGUCGACGGGGACGCUGUGGUACUGGCACUCGGUCCCUGGUCUGCUAGUUUGGAAAUUUUGUCAUCACUGUUUAGAGUGUAUGGGUUAAAGGCACAUAGCAUUGUUUUAAAGCCCAAAGAAGCAAAUGCCAUAACGCCUCACGCUCUGUUCCUCAGAUACUACCCGUCUCAUGGAGGAAAGCCCAUGGACCCUGAAGUUUACCCUCGCCCCACAGGGGAGGUGUAUUUGUGUGGGAUGUCGGCGGAGGAAGAGGUCCCGGAUGAUCCAGAGGAGGUGAGGGGAAACUCGGAAUCGAUUGAAAUGCUGAAGAGAGUGGCUUGGACUGUGUCAAGCCAUUUGGGGGGAGAGGCAGAGGUGAAGGCAGAGCAAGCUUGCUUUUUGCCGUGCACGGAUGACGAGGUGCCGGUGAUCGGAGAAAUGCCAGGCAUGAAGGGUUGUUAUGUGGCCACGGGGCAUAGUUGCUGGGGCAUUCUAAAUGGUCCUGCCACCGGAGCUGCCAUGGCUGAACUUGUAAUUGAUGGUCAUUCUUCCAUUGUUGAUCUUAAAUACUUCAGUCCCGCCAGAUUUGUUGGUCGUCAAUAGGCUCACGCGUGUAAAUCACAGUAGCAAAGAGGAUUCGUCCAGAAUAAUUACAGUUCGGUUUCGGUAUGCAUACUCCUUAAUGGAAUCUUUCACGUAUGUAUAAUUGGCAAGCUGGCAUAUGGUGUGUGUAUAUAAUAUUGUGUUGUGAUUAUCUAUUUGAUCAUUAAAUGGACAGCAUAGUUACUGCCCCCGAAA